AUGACAACAAAAAAUAUUUCUCCAACUUCGAAAAUUCAUCAUCGACGUAGUAAAUUUAAAAAAAACAGUGAAAAUACAUCGCCAGCAAAUCCUACCAUUAAAUUUUGUAUUAUCGGUGCUGCUUGUUCAAAUAAACAACUUCUAUCUUCACUCGAAGAUCGUUAUGUAUAUGAAUGUAUUGAUGAUGAAAAAGAAGCAAUUCGUACAUUAACCGAAACAAAAAAUUUAUUAUCUCAACGUCAAUUACGUAUUUAUGUUGUUGAUUCAUUUGACGAUUGUAUAUUUCACUAUUUAAAAGACAAUGAAGAUAUUUAUACGAUUAGUUCUGAACUUGUAUUAUCAUGUGCGGAAAAAGAAAUUGAUAUUCCUGUACCACGAAGGAAUCGACCUCUCUAUUGUCAACAUUUAUCUUCAGCUGUUAUAUGUUUUGUUGGCAUUCGAAAAGAUACACAUACGGAAUUCAGUGAUUUUGUUCAUUAUCUUGGUGGAUCUGUUCGAAAAGAUUAUAGUGAUCAAGUAACACAUGUCAUUUCACAUGCAAAUAUCGGCGAAAAAUAUCUUACAGCAUUUAACAUGGAAAGAAGUGAAAUUCUAACAGAAGAAUGGCUUUUACGUUGUUGGCAAGAACGAAACAAUCGUCAAUUUGAUCCAUUUGAAUCAGAACUUAUUCGAAUAUAUCGAGCUAAACCAUUACAUAAUCUUAAUUUAUUCUUUUUUGGUUUUAAUAAUGAAAAUGAAUCAGAACAUUUACAUACUUUAACUAAUGAACAUGGUGGAUUUAUCACAACAGAAAUGAGUGAAGCUUCGCAUAUUGUUCUUUCGGACAUGAACCUGUUUAUAUCGACUUAUCCAUCAUAUACACGAAAGCAUCGACAAUAUAUUGUUCACGUACAAUGGUUUUGGGAAUGUUUGUGUUUAAUGGGCAAAGCUGAUGAAUCAAUAUAUACAGUUAAUUUAACCAGUAAUCAGUCAACAACAUCAGAUUCUUCAUUACUUUUACAAUCACCAUCAACUCAUAGCGAAAGUCCACUACUUGAUUCAUCAAUAAACACGACUGUUAAACGCAAACGUCGACAAAAACAUUCGUAUAUCAAUGAACAACAAAUUGAUCCAAUUCAAAAUUCAAAACGUUUCAAUAGUAGUAUGAAUGAAAAUGAAAAUCUGUCAGAUGAAAAUAUCAUUGUAGAAAAAUCACAAAAUAUUAAAAAGGAUAAUAAAUAUUUAAUUGGAAUGGAAUUACGAGAAACGGAACGAAAUUAUGUUACGAUGUUAUCGAAUAUUAUUCGAAUUUUCAAAACAGAAAUGGAAAAAGAUGAUCGUCGAAAUGGUCCUAUACUUACAAAAGUUGAAAGUACGCAAAUAUUUGGUAAUAUCGAAGAAAUCUAUCAUUUACAUUUAUUAAUUGCUGAACAACUCGAUCGGGCUAUCACUGAAGAUGAAUGCAUUGGCUCCGUAUUUUUAACUAAUUCUGUUGAACUUUUGCGUGUUUAUCAACCUUAUACAAAAUUCUAUGAUAAAACUAUUGAAGCAGUUCAUACAUUAGAAAAAAAUAAUUCUCGAUUCUAUGCUUAUCUCAAAAUUUGUGAACAUAAAACAGAACUUGGUAAACAACAUUUAGCUGAUUUAAUGAUACGACCUAUUCAACGUUUACCAAGUAUAUUAUUAUUACUAGAACGCUUACUUAAAUAUACACCGGCUACACAUAUCGAUUAUCAAUUAUUAAUUGAUUCAUUGGAUAAACUACGUGAAAUAGCAAAAAAAUUAAAUGACGAACGAGGAAAAACAGAAAAACAUUUAUCGAUGUUUAACAUUGUCAAUAGCAUUGACAAUUGUCCACCCGAAUUACUUGCUGCACAUCGUGAUUAUAUUGAAAAAUUUCAAGUUAUUGAACUUUCACAAGAAUUAACAACAACACGAACUCAUUUAACUCUUUUUCUUUUUUCGGAUUGUCUCGAAGUAACAAAAUCACGUGUUAAUAUAUGGAAAACACACGGAAUGAAAACAUACAAGCAUAUCGCACUUAUUUCAUUAUGUGACAUUCGAAGUUUAUUUGAUAUUAGUCCAGUUUCAUUGACUAUUGAUGAAACUGAACAAUUUGGAAUACUUUGUUCGAUUGAUGGUCAAACGUGUCAACUUGUAUUUCGUGUGAUUAACGGAAAUACGAAUAGUAAUAGUUCGAAAUCUUAUUUUACUGAUUCCAUGUCAUCAUUAUCAUCGAUUUCCACAUUAUCGAAUAGUAGUCAUCAUGCAAAUAAUAAAACCGAUGUACUUUAUCAUCUAGCGAAAGCUAUUUCCGAUGAUCGAUGUUUACUGGAUAAAUCUUCACUAAUUCAAACCAUUACGAAUUCGAAUAAUAAUCAUCAUAUGUAUUGUUCUCAGACGUCACUUGAGAAUUCAGAAAUUGAUUCAGGUUUACGUUCAACCAGUAGUUUGAAUUUAUUGGGUUUAGCACUCAAACGUGGCCUUCACAAAGCAAAUAAACGGUUAAGUCGAGCUUUUUCAUUCAGUCCCGAGCCCAAUAAACAUUUGACGAAAAAGAUUACUAGCCCAAUACAUUCAUUACAAGACGAAUGGUCGAAUAGGAGCGUACUAUCAAGACAAGAUUCGUUUAUCAAAACUGAUCAUCAUUUGUGUUCUUCGCCAUUCAUGCAAUCCAUCCAAGAACAAUGA